AUGACAUACAUUAAAGAGUACGUCGACAAAAAGGUGAUAGAACUAAUGCUCUUUUCUGAUAACUGCGCGGGGCAGAAUAAAAACAAUACAGCAGUACGAAUGAAUAUGGCCCUAGUUGACAGUGGGCGUUUUAAAAAAAUUCAACAGAUUUUUCCGAUGCGUGGCCAUUCUUUUCUGCCGUGUGAUAGAGCAUUUGGGAUUAUAAAAAGAAGCCUUCGUCGUAAAGAGAGGCUGUACAGUGUACAGGAAUUAAUGAAAUUAAUCGUAUCUUCGAGCAGGCAGAGUGAUUUUUUUACAGUUCACUUAGUCAGCGGAGAGCAUGUGACCGAGUUUAAAAAAUGGUGGGUUCAACAUUUCAAAAAGACUGCACUAUCCCUUGAAACAAAGGAUCGACGAAUUCCGAGAACGGAGAAAGUAAGCUUCAGUAUCUCAAAGUUCCAUCACCUCACAUUCAAAAAGAUCGGCUGUGAUGUGCCGGUAAAAGCGCAGGAAUUCAUUGAUGGACUGACAAAGCAUACAUUUUUGUUGAAGAUAAGACCACAGAUUACCGUAUCGCUACCGAAUGAACCUGCAUAUGGACCAAGGCAGCUCUGCAUUAAUGCAAAGAAGAUGCAAGACCUGAAAAAAUGCGUUCAGUUUGUGCCUGAAGACGAAAAAAUUAAAUUCUGGGACGAAAUAUUGCAGUGGCCAACAGCUGAAAAUGUCGAAGAUGAAGAAUUGGAUUAA